AUGGCUGGUCAUUCCGAUGCCCCGGAUUUGAACACGGUGCUUCAAGCGCUUUCCAGUCUUGCUUCUCAAAGUGGCUCAUCUCAAAUCCCUCAGCUCAUUCCAAAACAGCAUCAUAUUGCUAAACCAUCACGGGUAGAGCCAAAUCAUACACCCCGACCUGUCCAAACAAACCUACCAAAGCCAAGCACCCCUACUAUUGAUCCCUCAACAAUUACUACUUGGCCUGCAGCAUUAAAAUAUGUCAUGCGAACUGUGGGCCAAAACGAAGAAACCCAACUACGAAUUCGCGGACUGAUCCGGAGUCAGCAUAGCCAUGAACGGCAGUGGUGGAAGGGUCGUGAGGCUCUGCUCCAAAGGCAACAGGCUCGAGGGGAUAAAAAGAAAGAGCUAGAUGCAGUAUUACUAUCGAUUGGUGCACCUAUUGACUCAAAACAGCUAUCUACAGCAGAAGAGGAUCAAGCAGAACUUACCAAUUACGAUGCCAAGAUAUACAAAGCUUCUGUACAAAUGGCGGAUGCCUUAACAUCAGAACUUCGCGGGCUCCAAAUUCCUUUCUUUGUCCUCAAAAAGAGCCUGAUUCAAGACUCAUUGUCAUCGGCAGAGCCUGAUGGAGCUUCCGGUGGGGACCCAAGACUUUCCAAAUCUGACCUUCAAGAUUUGCAGCGUCGCAUGCUGGGCAUGCUUGAAGAUCUUUGCAAAGACUGA